CAGCGGAUGUAUGGGUCUGAGCACGGGAGAGAUGUUGGGAUGGGCAGAGAAAACCAGCAGAGUGGAGUUGGCUGCCAGCCUUCAGUGGGGCUCCCUUCUGAAGGGAGCAAGUUUACAAGUAGAUUUUGAUCAGUGAAUUCUUAUUUUAUAACCAGUUUGACUGGCAUGCUCUCUUCUGUGCUCAACUUUUAGAAUUCUUAGAUAUUUUAAGACCUUUUCAUAAAAACUAACAAUUCUCUACUUUGAAGAAUGUGUCUCUUUCUUCUUGGCUGGCCUCCUUCCCUGCAUGUCCUUGCAGUGGGUGGAAGCUAUGCAACUCAUAAUGUGACACUGUCCGUUUUCUCAGAUUUGUGACCCAGAAGGAAAUUUCUAACCUCAGCCGUGGCUCUUGGUUCUGGCCAGAAACCAGCUUCAUGUCUGAGUGCACGAGCAGCAGUUUGCCAUGGAGAGCUUGGGGCUACAGACGGUGACCCUCAGUGAUGGGACGACAGCCUAUGUCCAGCAAGCUGUCAAAGGAGAGAAGCUGCUUGAAGGGCAAGUAAUCCAGCUCGAGGAUGGGACCACCGCAUACAUUCACCAAGUGAUGGUACAGAAAGAAUCUCUCUCCUUUGAGGAUGGGCAGCCUGUACAGCUGGAAGAUGGCAGCAUGGCCUACAUACAUCGCACACCCAAAGAAGGCUAUGACCCUACUGCCCUGGAAGCUGUCCAGCUGGAAGAUGGCUCCACUGCCUACAUUCAACACCCCAUGGCUGUGUCGUCAGACAACACCAUCCUGGCUGUGCAGACAGAGGUGGGCUUGGAGGACCUGGCAGCAGAGGACGACGAAGGCUUCAGUGCAGACACAGUGGUGGCCCUGGAACAGUAUGCCAGCAAGGUUCUGCAUGACAGCCAGGCUCCCCAUAAUGGCAAAGGGCAGCAGGUUGGAGACAGAGCAUUCCGCUGCGGCUACAAGGGCUGUGGGCGCCUCUACACCACUGCUCAUCACUUAAAGGUGCAUGAACGAGCUCAUACGGGUGACCGUCCAUACAGGUGUGACUUCCCCAGCUGCGGGAAGGCCUUUGCCACAGGCUAUGGGCUGAAGAGCCAUGUUCGCACCCACACUGGUGAGAAACCAUACAAGUGUCCGGAGGAGCUAUGCAGCAAGGCCUUCAAGACCUCAGGAGACCUGCAGAAGCAUGUCCGAACCCACACCGGUGAACGUCCAUUCCGGUGCCCUUUUGAGGGCUGUGGCCGCUCCUUCACCACGUCUAAUAUCCGCAAGGUACACGUGCGCACCCACACAGGCGAGAGGCCCUACACCUGCCCAGAGCCCCACUGUGGCCGUGGCUUCACCAGUGCCACCAACUACAAGAAUCACGUGCGCAUCCACACAGGGGAGAAGCCAUAUGUUUGCACGGUGCCAGGCUGUGGGAAGCGCUUCACCGAGUACUCAAGCUUGUACAAACACCAUGUGGUGCACACGCACUGCAAGCCCUACACCUGCAGCACCUGUGGCAAGACCUACCGGCAGACCUCCACCCUGGCCAUGCACAAGCGCAGCGCCCAUGGCGAGCUGGAGGCCACUGAGGAGAGCGAGCAGGCCCUCUAUGAACAGCAGCAGCUGGAGGCCGCCUCUGCAGCCAAGGAGAGCCCACCACCCAAACAACCCCGCAUUGCUUACCUUUCGGAGGUGAAGGAAGAGGAUGAUGACAUCCCAGCCCAAGUGGCCAUGGUGACUGAGGAGGAUGGGGCCCCUCAGGUGGCUCUGAUCACUCAGGAUGGUGCCCAACAGCAGGUCAACCUGUCCCCAGAAGACUUACAGGCCCUGGGGAGUGCCAUCAGUAUGGUGACCCAGCAUGGCAGCACCACCCUUACCAUCCCCAGUCAUGACGACGAUCUGGCCACAUCUGGCACACAUACGGUCACCAUGGUCAGCGCCGAUGGCACCCAGACACAGCCCGUCACAAUCAUUACCUCUGGAGCUGUGGUGGCUGAGGACUCAAGUGUCACAUCCCUUCACCAUCAGCAGGUGGCAGUGUUGGCCACAGCCAAUGGAACGCACAUUGCAGUACAGCUGGAAGAGCAGCAGACCUUAGAGGAGGCCAUCAGUGUAGCCACCGUUGCCAUGCAGCAAGGGGCCGUGACCCUGAAGACAACAGUGUCGGAGAGUGGCCGCUGAGCCCAGGAAGGCUGGGUCCCAAACCAUGUUGGAGGAGGUGCCAUGCUGCACAGGCAUCCUUGCCUCCAAAGGCCCAGGCUGUGGCUGACACGUGGAAGGUGGCCACAUAGGUCUCUGGAGUGAAAAGGCAGCAGGAAAACAGCCUAACUGGAGGGGAUGGGGGUCCUGCCCAAGAGGAGGGCCAGGCAGCUGGAAUUGUAGAGGAGCACACCAUCCUCAGGAGCUGAAGAGAAUAAGUCUGAUCAGCAGGCUGCAUGGGGCACCCUCCCCUCAAGAUCAGCUGGGCACCUGCUUUCCUCCCUCUAGAUAGUACCCUUUCUGCCUUCUGUACACUCCUCCUCUCAGGUGGAGAUUGGGCUUUUGUGGGGACUGGCCAUCCACCCUGACUGGUCACAGCCCACCAGGGGAGAAAGCAGACAGCUCUUCAGCUCAGUAGGGGCAGAGCAGGCCCAGCCCUGCCCCUCCCAGCAAUAACCACCUCUCCGGAGGCUAGCCAAGAUUCCUGGCCACUUGGCACCAGGGGCUUCCUGCCACUGCAGUCAGAAUUAAUUGCUCAGGGGCCUGUGGCUGAAGAAAAGGUGCCCAGCCUCCACCCAGCUGCCCCCCAACCUUUCUGUGACAGAGAGGCAAGGAGCAGCCCUGUACAUAGACUGCUGGGGAUUGGGUUUAAACUGUUUUGUUUUUUUUAAUUCAUUUUGAUAAUUUUAUUUUUUUCCUGCUCUGGGUGGUGGUGGCAAAAGGGUGAAUGAGUAUUUAAUAAAAGUUCCAAGUUUUCAACUUGA